GCAGCGCCGGGAGAAGGCCAUUCAUUGGCGCCCGGGCAGCUAUCAUGGCCGACUACGGCCGCUGGACGACGUCCAGCUCCGCCAUCGGCGCCUAUUGGAGGAAGAAAGAACGACAGCAAAAACUGGAGGCCCAGCGCCGGCGCCAGCGCGCGCGCGAGGUGCUCGCGCACCAGGCCAAUAAAGAGUAUUUCGAUAGCAAUGUGCUUCAAAGACCCAUGGGCCUGACGACGACGAAGAAGGGGGCGCAGCGCGAGGCGUUCGCGGCCGCGUACGGCACGGAGCACGAAGGGAGAGACACGCACUCCGAUUUGGUGAAUGUGAAGGCUGGCAUCACUACCACGGCCGAGAAAGCGGCGCGCGAGGCGUUCGCCGCAGCGUAUGGCACGGAGCAUGAAGGCAAGGACACUCAUUCCGAUUUAGUGAAUGUCAAGGCCGGCAUCACGACGACGAAGGAAAAGGCUGCCAGGGAGGCCUUCGCGGCAGCAUACGGCGACGAGCAUGAGGGCAAGGACACGCAUUCGGACCUUGUCAACGUCAAAGCUGGGAUCACGACGACGGCCGCGAAGGCCGCGCGGGAAGGCUUCGAGGGGGCGUACGGGAAUGAGUGGGAGGGCGAGGACACGCGGUCGAAUAUCGUCCGGGCGAAGGGAGGAUUUACGACGACCGAGGCGGCGGCGGCGCGCGAAGGAUUCGCUGCCGCGUACGGUAAUGAGUGGGAGGGCCGCGAUUCGCUCGACAACCUCGGGGCAGGCUUGAUUCCGGACGCGGGCGCGGGCCGCGACGAGGUGCCCAACGUCUACGGGUCGGCGCACGAGGGCCGCGACGCUAAGGACAAUCUACAAGUCGGAAGCUUGGUUCCCGAUGCCGGCGCCGGCGCGGGAAUAGGUUUCGAGGGAGCCUAUGGCUCGGAGUGGGAAGGCAGGGAUUCGCUGGACAACUUACAGACGGGUAGCCUCAUGCCCGACAAAGGUGCUUCUCGGAGGGAGGGGUACGAGGGCGCGUACGGCACGGAGUGGGAGGGCCGCGACGCGAAGGACAACAUCGCCGUCGGCAGUCUACGUCCGGACGCCGGUGCCGGCCAGCGCGAGGGCUUCGCCGCGGCCUACGGCGCGGCCCACGAGGGCUGGGACGCGCGCGAGUCUGGCUAGCUCGCGCGGGGACUGACUGGGGUCGGUUCGUUCGCAAGUUCCUAAAUAGUCCUACUCGCCUG